AGAAUUUUGAGUACUCAAAGUCGAUUAUUCUAUUAAUCGAAAUUCGACUUACCUAUCCCUAGUUUUUUGUUUGUAAUUUCCAAAGAGAGCGAACGACGCGAUGGAAGAGUGCGUAGCUGAAAGUUUAAGCAGAGAAGAAAUUCUUAAAAUCCUGGAACAGCGUCGCAUUCAAUUGGACGGCAUGUAUAUUAUGCCGCAUGCAGAGCUGGUGCGUGUUUACAGCGCCUUUGCUAUGCCCCUGGCACAGAGGCAACCGAGACAUCAUUCUCACAGGCACCGAUGCAAUGGAAAUAAUUCGAGGCAGGAUGAUGAACCAAUGCCGGUAGAUAGCAAUGGUUACGCAAAAAUGGAUAUAGACAUUAUCUGUACCGAAAAAAUUGAAAAAGUGCCUAAGGCUGAGAAACGGAGAACACACCAAGAAGCUUUGAUAGACGAUUACCAAUAUCUUAGCAGAGCAACAAAGCGCAUCAAAAUAUGUGUUAGUCCAGAACUUCAUAUUCCAUGACAUUGGCUGAAACACCUGAUGUGAAUGGAAUUGGAAAAAGAACCAACUGGGUCUUGAAACAUUUAACAUGGUUCCAUUGUUUAGCAUGCAUGACAUAUUAUUGAUGAUUGUGAGACUUCGCACAGGUUUGUGCUCACAUCAGAGAGAGAAUAAGGUCUGAUGCAAGACCUCGACAAAUUCAACUUACCGUCUUUAAUAAAGAAUAUACAUUAAAUAAAAAACGGAUGAUUUAUUUUAAAUAUUUGAAAUGAUUUUAUUCGCAUAUAUUGUUAAAUUUUAGAGUUAUUUCUCAGUUUUUUUUUUUUUUUUUUUUUUGGUUUUUAUUUCACUUAUUAAAUACGUACAUAAAUACAUUAAAAAAAUAUAACAAAAAGGUACACACCUUUGGUCGCACAUCAAUUUGUUUGCUUUUUGUGUGAGACCAUUUAAUAAUAAUCAAUAUAUAUUAUUGUAUAUUUACGACAAAACAAAAUGUGACUUGAACUUUACAUAAACCCUUUGUAUUUCACUUUGCUUUCGUUUGUUUUCAAAUAAAGAAAAUAUUUUGGUAUCUCUAAACAAA